AUGGCUCCCCUCCCCGCCCAGGAGGCUCAGCACACCACCAGGCGGAGGCGGUCGUGCAUCCUGAGCUUCACGGCGGCGCGCGACCGCUGCCUCCGGCGCCGCUUCCUCUCCGCCGGCCUCCGCCCCUUCUCCAUCCGCCUCCCGUCGGCCGCAGGCCCCGGGACCACCGUCCACGUCUGGGCCCCUCCGCGGCCCGAGCGACGCGCGGUGCUCCUCCUCCACGGCUUCGGCGCCUCCGCCACGUGGCAGUGGGCGCCGUACCUCCGCAAGCUCAUCGCCGCCGGCCUGGACCCCAUCGUGCCGGACCUCCUCUUCUUCGGGGCCUCCUCCUCGCCCGUCCCCGACCGGUCCGAGAUCUUCCAGGCGCGGACCGUCAAGGCGGCCAUGGACGCCAUGGGCGUGCGGCGGUUCGCGGUGGUGGGCGUCAGCUACGGCGGGUUCGUGGCGUACCGCAUGGCGGCCUUGUACCCGGAGGCGGUGGAGCGGACGGUGCUGGUGUGCGCGGGCGUGUGCCUGGAGCAGAGCGACCUCUCUAGAGGGCUGUUCCCCGUCUCCGACGUCGGGGAGGCCGCCGAGCUGCUCAUCCCGCGGCGGCCGGCCGAGGUGCGGCGCCUCGUGAGGCUCACCUUCGUCCGCCCGCCGCCCAUCAUGCCGUCCUGCUUUCUCAAGGACUACAUAAACGUCCUGGGUUCAGAUCAUAUCGAGGAAAAGACUGACCUGCUGCACACUCUCAUCAACGACAGGAAACUUUCAGAUCUUCCGAAAAUUAAACAGCCAACAUUGAUAAUCUGGGGUGAGAAAGAUCAGGUGUUUCCAAUGGAGCUGGCUCAUAGAUUGGAGAGGCAUCUCGGGGAGAAUUCUCGGCUAGUAGUGGUAAAGAACGCAGGGCAUGCAGUCAAUCUAGAGAAAUAUAAGGAGGUGCGCAAGAACAUUAUCGAGCACUUGCGAGAACCGGUCUCGAAAGAUGACGAGUCAAGCGGGGAGAAGGAGGUGGAGCUUCACUAGUGGAGGAGAUCUUCAUGUGCUAGAAACCAAUUAACAGGCCUGCACAGUUUUGUUACGAUGGGUUCUUCAGUUUCUUGUGCUGCUGAUAUAAAAGCACGAUUGUAACUACAUGGUCUGGGAAAGAUAUUUUGUAACGGUUUUGCUAAUUCUGAGUAAUUCUCAGUCGCAUCCCAGAUCAUUGUUUUGCAUUGUUAUUUGUGCUAGCGAUGAUUUGCAACCGAGAAAGAUCAUGGGAUUUGCUUCAUGAUCGUACUAUUCAUGAGUUGCAACUGAGAAAAAUGCUUUCAAA